GGAUCGAACGAUUCUCCUAGAAGCCAAGAAACCCUUUGUGCCCCUCGGAAACGUUUGAUUUUCCUUCACGCUGGAGUUCCUAUGUCUGUCAAGUGCCUGGGCCUCUUGCCCUCCCUGCACCACUAUCCGACUCAGUCAAGACUCGUAAAAACUACAACUGCCAGGGCACCUCGCGUAGAGGUCGGGCCUCCACGAGUCAGGUGACUCGAGUCAGGUGACAGCUGGCCCGCCUUCACACAAAGUCAGCCCAGCCCGGGGAAUUCAGGUACUCUGAAACGGAAUCUGGCGCGAGAUUGCUGCAUCUUGUGAGGUCGUCCCCGGAUCCUGGGAAGAUCUCAGUUCUGAGAAAUCAGGGAACAUGAUAAAGAAUUGGCUGCUUAUUUUUAUCCUUUUUCCUCUGAAGCUCAUAGAGAACUGUGAGUCAGCUGUCAGCCUCACUGUUCCUCCUGUUGUAAAGCUGGAAAAUGGAAGCUCAGUCAACGUCAGCAUUACCCUUGGGAAGCCAUUAAAUGAAACCUUGAUGAUCACUUUUGAAAUCACAUUUCAGUCAAAAAAUAUUACUAUCCUUGAGCUCCCUGAUGAAGUUGUAGUGCCUCCUGGAGUAACGGAGUCCUCUUUUCAAGUGACAUCUCGAAAUGUUGGCCAAGUGACCGUUUAUCUGCGCAGAAAUCAUUCCAACCAGACAAGCUCAAGGAUCCUCUUCUUUGUCAUCCGAAGUAACAUCACGAGCAUCAUAAACCAAGUGAUUGGCUGGAUCUAUUUUUUGGCCUGGUCCAUCUCCUUCUAUCCUCAGGUGAUCAAGAACUGGAGACGAAAAAGUGUUGUUGGUCUGAGCUUCGAUUUCUUGGCCCUGAACCUGAUGGGCUUUGUGGCCUACAGUGUGUUCAACAUCAGCCUCCUGUGGGUGCCCUACAUCCAGGAGCAGUUUCUCCUCAAAUAUCCCAACGGCGUGAACCCUGUGGAGAAUAAUGAUGUCUUCUUCAGCCUGCAUGCAGUCGCCCUUACCCUGAUUGUCAUCAUACAGUGCUGCCUAUAUGAGCGAGGCAGCCAGCGCGUGUCACGGCCAGCCGUCGGCUUCCUGGUGCUCGCAUCGCUCUUUGCCAUCAUCAACAUGAUUGUAGCUGCAGUCGGGGUAACCACAUGGCUGCAGUUUCUCUUCUGCUUCUCCUACAUCAAGCUCGCUGUCACGCUGAUCAAGUACUUCCCACAGGCCUACAUGAACUUUUACUACAAAAGCACUGAGGGCUGGAGCAUUGGUGGCGUGUUCCUGGACUUCACAGGGGGUAUCUUCAGCCUCCUCCAGAUGUUCCUUCAGUCCUUCAAUAAUGACCAGUGGACGUUGAUCUUUGGAGAUCCAACCAAGUUUGGCCUUGGCAUCUUCAGCAUCUUCUUCGAUGUUGUCUUCUUCGUCCAGCACUUCUGUUUGUAUGGAAAGAAACUGGGGUACGAGCAGCUGAACUAGCACCCAGAGGCCCAGUGUAAACAGCUGGGGCUGUGGCUCUGGUGGGGAAGGCUGUACCCCCCAAAGACCAGAGAAGUGGCUGGGAUGCGGGCUCGUUCAGAGAAGCACUGUCUCGCUCAGGGCCAAAUGCCUUAAAUGCAGCCAACCUGCCUUUGCCCAGGGCCAGCCUUGGCCAUGGAGGAUCCUCGUUCUGGGAGACACCUGGCCACGCUCUGGGACUCACAGCCAGACCUCAGGCAGUCCCUCCCGACCUCCCCGGAGGUCCCAGCCCCUGCCAGGCCUUGUGGGCACGGCACCUGGCCCUCCUGCAUCUUGAUGCAGCAUCUUUCUUUCCUUCAAGGCUUCAAGCAGCACACACAAGUCCUGACAGUCAUCCCAGACAGAUGCUGAGCCUGCAGCCGGAGGCCUUGCCUCAGCCAGCCAGUGUUUCUGGAAGCAACUUGCACGGCUGACCUUGCAGCCGAGCCGCAAGAGAACAGUGGUGCCUUGCUGCCACCGCUGUGUUCACUGAGAACAAGCAGUCAGGUGCGGUGCCAAUGGCCGAGGGUCAAGGACUUUGGGUUAGUAGGCCUUGCAGUCUGUUCUGUGACAGUCACAUCUGCUUAUCUGACAUAACUCUACUUCCAUGACUGUGGUAAUGGGUGCCCCGGGCCAGAGCCUGGUAAAGAGUAUUCCUGAGCAGAUGGCUCUGGCCAGUGUCAUGCCCUGUGGAUCUUUACCACAGUCAGAUGAUCACACUAACUCCUUUCAGGUUUUGGAGGGAUGUUUUGGAAGUGACUUCUUUUUUGCCUACUCUCCUAUCUCCACGUUCAGAGAGUCAGAUGGGGCCCCAUCCAAGCACCCACACUGCUCCUAACCCAGCACCUAUAGAGCAGGACACCCUCUCUACCAGUCUGUGCCUUAGAGGUCCGUUAGUCCUGCCAAAUGGUGACAGUAGCUCCCUAAGAGGGAGGGCAGGCCCCUUUCUUUUUUACCAGACCCCCAGAUGAGACUCCAAUUUUUUGGUUAUUGAGGAGUCCCAGAGAACUUGAGACCCCACACAGUGCUUAUGACCCAACCCUAGGCUCAGAGCUCCUUCUCUCCCACCCCAAGCUGCUGUCCUACAGCAGAUGGAUCCUGGAUGUGCCUUGUACAGGACUUGAGCUUCAGUCUACUCUGUUACUCAAGACCAAUGUAAGGGACUUGUA